CUGUGUCACUCUAAGUGUUAUUUCCGUACAUUUCAGCAGUAGAAUUUCACCGUCAAUCGAGCGUCUCUUCGUGUGUGUAAACUAGCACAAUUGCAUUGGAUAUCCACAGUUUGUAAAGGUGACUUAACAACCAAAGCUUUUUAGAACCAAAAAUGUUAAGUAUCUGCAGCACCUUCGCUUUACGGUCAGCCAGAUAUUCCCUGCCUGGAAUCCGAGCCAUCUCCACAUCGUCUUGCUUACUGACAGGCCCUCUGGAUGACCAAGGGCAUGUAGUCAUCAAGGAUAAACCCUCUCAAGGAAAACACGGGAGACCUGAGCACGCUUUUGCACCUCACCACUGCCAGGAUUUAGAGGUCCUGUCCCAAAUCGACGAUGCCAUUAAGGAGACAGAGGAGAUGAUGAUUGGAGGGUCGGAGACGGCAAGAGUACACGUGCACGCGGCGGCCUCCGCGGCUGCCGAUACCGACUCUCCGGACAGCAACUACUGCGAUGCCCACAGUAACAUAGAUCUCCACUGCGUGAUGCAGACCAUGGUCCCCGAGCCCGUUGACACCAACAACGGUUCCCCGUCCCACGUGAACAUGCCAGGCGGGGGACAGCUCCGGAAUGACAAGUACGUCUACGAUAACCUACACGAGAUCUACCCUUCGCGGAAGUACCACACAAGCGCUCGACAGUACUCCAGUGCACCCCCUGAGCCGAAAUAUUGGACCAGCACGGACCCCUGCCCCCAGGGCAUCCAGGGAGACGAUUGUGAGAGGUUCAAACUGUGGCUGGAGAACUGCCGCAAGUAUGGCCUGCAGGACUGCGAUAGGGAGGUGCAGGGAAUUCAGGAAGGCAGGAAGACGGUGGCACAGGUCAUCGCAGAGCAAGAUGAGAUGAUCAGGAAAAUCAAUGCUCAUUAUAAAAAGAAUGGAGACAAGGAGCAAUUUGGUCAACAAAAGAGGGGCUAUGCCUCCCUGGUUUUUCCCCAGCGUCGCCAUUACUGCACCAAGUCUGACCCACCACCGCCAGCAGGAGAGGUACAGCUCAGCGGGGCACAGAAACUAAAACUAGCUGUAAAGGAUUAUGGUUCUACUGUGGUUGUAUUCCACGUCAGCCUCUCCCUCGCCUCCUUAGGGGGCUUUUAUCUGGCUGUGACAAGCGGCAUUGACAUGGUUGGACUUCUCACAAAGAUAGGAAUCGGAACACAGUAUUUAGAAUCUGGAGUCCUCACAGGCGCCAGUACAUUUGUGAUUGCUUAUGCUGUACAUAAAGUGUUUGCUCCAGUUAGAAUAGCCAUCACACUCAGUGUGACCCCUUUUCUGGUCAGGUAUCUCAGAAAUAUUGGACUGCUCAAACCACCCAAGGCAGCAGUUGUGAAACCUGCUGACGAGACUGAAUCAACUCCAGGGGGAGACUCUAAAACAGACAAGCUAUGAUAGAUUGUUGAACUACUAGGACUAGCAUUUAUAAAAACCAAUGACUAGAAAAAACAUCCAGUUGAAAGAAGGGAUGUAGUAAAAAAAUAUCUCGAUAAAAGGCAGCAGAUUAAGUUCUCAUUAACUGGAUAAUACUAGUGCAUUUAUUCACUGAUGAGUACUUUGACAGAUGCAUUUACCAAAGUGCCCUUUUUUUAGUAUUUAUUUAGGUUUGUCAGUCUAUGCUCUCCAUAGGGGGAAGCAAAAAUCAAUUUGCAUCCUAGAAAACAGCCUGCUUGCUUUGUUAAAUAACACUUAAUCAGUGAUGACCUGUAAGGUGACCUGUUGUGUAGCAUCCAGAUUGUUGAAGGGUAGA